UAGACUAUACACAACUUCAGAGCCAUCAGUAUGAAAAUAUUUUUCGCAAUUUUAAUUCUUUUAAUCACAGUUAUCUAUAUGUGGUUAAGAAAUAAACACAAUUACUGGAAAAGACAAAAAGUGGAAACUGCCAGUUUUAAAACUUUCUAUGGAAAAAAUCGUAAACAUGUUGCCUUUAUCAUACAAGACAUCUAUAAGAGAAUGAAAGUGAAUAAUAAAGCGUACAUAGGGGUAUAUAAUUUUAUAACACCAGCUUUAAUAGUCAAAGAUCUUGAUUUGAUUAAGGCGAUAUUAAUAACGGACUUUGAAACAUUUCCCGAUAGAGGUUUCUAUUCAAAUCCCCAUCAUGAUCCUUUGUCUACAAAUCUGGUACGUUUAAGUGGUGAUAUGUGGAAGAAAAUGCGACAAAAACUAACACCCACUUUUACUUCAGGCAAAAUGAAGAUGAUGUUUCCCACUGUGUCUGCUAUUGGCGAGCGUUUUAUAGAGACAAUAAAUGAUCAGUUAGAGAAUCACGAGGCGGUAGUAGAAAUGCGAGAUCUAUGUGCCCGUUUUACCACCGAUGUUAUAGGCAGUGUGGCCUUUGGUUUAGAGUGCAACAGUUUAAAAGAUCCCCUAACAGAGUUUCGUAUUAAGGGCGAUAAGGCGUUCUAUACUAUACAUCCUCUCAUGGAUGCUUUGGCUUCUUCAUAUCCCAAAUUUUUCCAUAAAUUGGGCUUUAAAGUUUUUACCCAAGAACUAAUUGAGUUUUAUUCACAAAUUGUUCGUCAAAAUGUGGAAAUGCGGGAGAAAGAUCAAAUAAAACGUAAUGAUUUUCUUGAUAUUUUAAUUGAGUUGAAGAAUAAGAAAGAGGAUUCAGACGAUUUCUGUUUGCAAAUGGAGGAUGUCAUCGCUCAGGCUUAUGUAUUUUUCAUAGGAGGUUUUGAGACCAGUUCUAGUACCAUGUCAUUUGCUCUUUAUGAAAUGGCUUUGAAUCCUGAUGUUCAGCAAAAGGCAAGAGAGAAUGUUAGCCAAGUGUUGGAAAAAUUCGAGGGUGAAUAUAGUUAUGAAAGUUUAAAUGAAAUGAACUACAUUAAACAGGUAGUACAAGAAACCCUGCGUAAACAUCCUGUGGCCCCCACAGGCCGACGAGUGUGUCGCUCCACAUACACCUUAGAUGGACCAAAAGCUAUAACUAUACAACCUGGUGUGCAAAUUAUUAUACCUGUUUAUGCCAUACAUCAUGAUCCAGAUUAUUAUCCAGAUCCAGAAAGGUUUCAACCUGAAAGAUUUGCCACUUCUUUACGGGAUCAGAUACAUUCAAUGGCUUAUUUACCAUUUGGUGCCGGACCACGCACUUGUAUUGCUGAACGUUUUGGCAUGAUGCAAGCAAUGAUUGGAGUGGCUUUAUUGUUAAAGAAUUUUAAGUUUUCAAUUUGCCCGAGGACCCCAAAGGAAUUGGAUUUUGAUGCUCUUAAUGUAAGGGUGUUUAAUGUUAAGAGUGGUAUCUACUUAAAAGUGGAAAGGGUAUGAAAGUUAUUUGGAAUGAGAACCAAAACAUAAACAUUUGACAUUUCAAAUGUUAAACAAUCUGUGAGAUUUUUAAAUACUUGGCGGAAUUAAAAACUGAAAAAUGGUAAUCCUAAUAUUUGCUCAUAAAAAGCUUUUUUGUAUUUGCAAAAUUUUUCAAUUCUUAUUCUCAAAGUUUAUUUUGUUUUUUAAAGUAAAUAAAGAGUAAAAA